UGUCAAUGUCUUUGUACCUUUUGUGUUGUAGUUGAUAAAAAAAAAACUGACGCAACACACGACUAGUAUGGGUCGUGGUGGAAACAAGUGGAGUCGUACGAGGUUGUAGUCCCGCAAUCAUGCUCAACAACAGACCUUAUUCGGACAUACCCCCGGCAUGCCAGGACCAACCACUAGGUUGUGCUGAUGAAUCUCCAGCAAGAAAUACAAAAGUGCGCCCUUCCCCUCACUCUGGCUACUUUACUGCUGGAAGCAACGAUACUUUCCACAUGAUGGCUGACUUCAGAGGCUACGAAAUCGACGAUUGUGAGACUAUCGGCGCAUCUUUUACUGGAAUCAUGACUCCUGGAUCAACAGUCUUUGGUCUAGAAAUCCCGAAACCGACAGUCGUGAUCCGAGUCAGGGUGACAUACAAGUAUGGAAAGACAAGAGAGCGGCUUGAAAUCAAGAUGCGCCGUGACAUGCCCUUCAAGGAACUGGUCUCAUUGUUCAAGAACAGACAUGCAGGGUGUGAGAGAUUUCUGUUCCAGUAUGUUACCUGGUCAGAACUGGAUAAGCCAAAGUCCCAAAGGCGUUACAGGUUGAUCUUCGAGACUGAUACACCUGCUUGCCUUGACCUAGCGGACAUUGCGGAACUGGAGUUUGUGUGGCCGGGGGAUACAAAAGCCAUGGACUUAUCUCAGGUAUAAGUUGUCCUGCUCAGUCGCUUGAUGGCCCGACGAUAUAAGACGCCGGUCGUUGAUUCCGAGUCCGGGAAGGAGCAAUUCUGCAAAAUCAAUGUUGUUUUUGUUCCGGGUACCGU